AUGCAUAUCAACCAAAAGCUUUCGACUGCUGAGGUCGUUCGGAACCAAGCAGUGAAGGAGGUUAGCGUGGGUGGCGAGACGCUCUCCAUUGCGAAAGCACACAUGUGGCGCAAUGCGCAACCGCGCGUGUCCUCACUCGCUGAAGAGGCCGAACGUUCGUCUUCGCCACAGACCAUGCGCCCGUUGAACCUCUCCGUGACGGUCAAGCGCACCUCCGGCACAUCCGCCACGCUCAAUGAUGGGCUCGAGUCCUCCGUCGUACCCUACCUCGUGGCCAUCCACGUUCUUCGUGAAGGCAUUCCGAUCUCCGCGCAAGCCGAGCUCAACACGUCCCCCGAUGAUCCCACCUCCAUCCAUUACGCUUGGCCUGCUCCGCCUGCCAUCGGUACCGCCGAGUCUGUCGCUGAAGGUCCCGCGCAUGAAGGCGCAUACUUUCUUGCGAUGACUAUGGAUAACGGUAACUCUUUGUCGUUGAGCGCUUGGAACGGCCCGCUGUGGGGUGCCCUCCGCAAUGGUCUCGAUGACAUGCUCGACUACAUCGCUGUAUUGGAGUUCCAAGGUGGCAUCUUCCUCACAAGUGAAAGACAUCGCGUUGAGGUUAUCUACUAA